AUGCCUUACUCUACUGGAAGAGGAGGAGCUGGGAAUAUUCAAGAAUCCUCAAAUAUAACCAGUGAGAAUAAUGUUAUUAGUCCUGCUACUUCUCGCACAAAUAAUACUAGUUCUCCACCACUAGAAAACGGCGGGAAUAAAAGAAUUUAUUAUUCCACUGGUAGAGGAGGAGCCGGAAACAUUAAAUCAUCGUCAUCUCUCCCAUCUCCAAAAUUAGUCCCACAAGGAUCAAAUACUCCACAACUUCAUUCGGAAAAGAUCACUACUGGACGUGGAGGAUAUGGAAAUAUGAUCAAAAACAGUGAUCCAGAACUCACCCGGAAACUUCAGGAUGUGGACGGUGCAACUCAAAAGGAAAGAGAGAACGAAUUAUAUGCCGUUGCAUCUAACAAGUCAUUCUCUGUUGGUAGAGGAGGAUUUGGAAAUGUCAUGUCACAAACAAAAUCUAGAACCAGUCAAAACUCAGGUGGUACCGGUGACCACCAACCAGCAUUGAUUUCCAUUUCAAGUCAAGGGAAGAUAAGAGAAGAAGACGAAUAUGAUGAAGGAAAUUUGCAUAAUGGAAGGAAGAAGAAAUCAUUUAUAGGGAAAUUGAAGGGAUUAUUCAGUUGA